AUGUCGCGCUCACUUCGCACGCGUCCCAUGACGCUCUACAACAAGGACGACACCCACAACCACCACAUCCCUCCCAUCCCAGAGGCUUCCGAAAGCUACCCGCACGCCAGCGCCCAUGCCGGCCCCUCCAGAUCCAGCCAAAGCUAUGGCGCACCGCAUCCAUCCUCCCGCUCCUCGUCCCACCCCAGCGGCGCAAACGUCCUCAAAAAGUCGAGGAAAAAGGCCUCCGAGGUCGGCUCCAACCUCAAAAAGAGGCUCUCGAUGCGCUACGCAGAGCCCACCGCCAUCGGUCCGGGAGGCUUCAGCGCCGUGCCAGAGGUGCCCAGCCUGCCUCCGAGCGCCAUGCCCCAGAUCCAGGUCGGUCAGAGAAUCACCCACAACGUCGACGGCUCCAUCCUGCCCAUCAUGGGCCACGGCUUCGCAGAUGCCCAGGAUGCAGACCCAGAUCCCGAUGCCGACGUCCACGACCGCUUCCGACCGCGCCCUUCGACCGACAGCGCGCGCUCCGGCACCGACAACUUUGCCGCAGACCCGGCCAUCGACCUCAACCUCCUCUCCCAGGACGACUUUGACCCGCAGGCCUACCUCCGCGCCAAGCUCUCGCAGCACUCGGAGUCGAGCCUACGCACCUUCAAGACGUCGCUCGCCGGGGCAAAGGAGGCCGCCAACGAGGACCUCAAGCGACAGGUCUUUAAGAACUACGCAGAAUUCAUCACCAUCAGCAAGGAGAUUGCCACGCUCGAAAACGACAUGCUCGAGUUAAAGGAGCUACUCACAGAGUGGAAGCAGCUGCCACAGGCGCUCGAGCUCGACGACUCGACCGGCGCAGCAGCCUUCUCCGACUUUGGGCGGGGCAAAGGCGGCCGCGGCGGUAACCGCGCUAGCAUGAUCGACCUGCAGCAGAUUUACCGGGCGCAGAUCACCUCGCUCUGGGAGGGCAUCGAGGGGUCGCAGAAGUUCCUGCCCUACGUCCCCGGCCGCCACCUGAUCGCCGAGGCGAGCACCUUCACCGAGCUCAACUCGGCCACCUACAAGCCCAAGCAGGGAGUCGCCCUCUUCCUCCUCGACGACCUGCUCCUCAUCGCCGUGCGCAAGAAGCGGCAGAUGAGCAGCAAGGUGCGCCUCGUCGCCGAGAGAUGCUUCAGCCUGGCCGAGAUUGUCGUCAUCGACCUCAAGGACGGCGGCGACCUCAGCAACGCCAUCAAGAUCAAGCGCGGCAAGGAGACGUUUGUCUACCGCUCCGACCGCGCCGAAGACAAGCGGGCGCUGCUCAACGCCUUCAAGCGCGUCGCCGAGGAGCUGGCCAGCAAGCGACGCAAGGAGAACCACGCCGAGGCCGAGGCGCGCAAGCGGCAGUCGACGCUCCUCUCGGGACCGGGCCUGGACUCGGGCAGCGUCCUCGGUGCCGGCGGACAUCGGGCCGGGUCCGCGGCGUCAAAGUCCUCCAGCCUGCUUUCGCCCAUCGGCGAGGACGGCGAGAGCGUGCUGGCGGCAGCGGCGGCGAGUGCGGCAAGCGAGAGAAAGGACCCGGGCCGGUGGAACAACGACUUUGCCGACGAGCUCGCGGUGUGCAUCGCGCUGCGCGAGUGGGAAGAGGCUGUGACGCUGGUCGAAAAAGGUAAGGGCGUGCUGUCCACCUACGCCCCCUCGGACCUGGCGCACAUUGAUCUGUCGUCGAAGCUGGCCACGCGGACGCACGACCUCGUCUCGGCCAUCAGCGCCGACUUUUCGCAGCAGUCGCUCAAAAAGUCGGCCGUGGUGCGCAACGCCGGCUACCUGCUGCGGCUCGACAAGGGCGAGCUGGCGCGCGAGCUCUUCCUGACGGCGCGCACCGAGCUCCUCAAGCGCAGGACGCGCCAGAUCAAGUACGAGGGCGACGUCAGCCUCUACAUCUCCGAGCUGGCGCUGGUGCACUUCACCCUGAUCAAGAACACGAGCGAGUGGUACAUGAGUGCCUUUAAGGAUAACCGGAUGGCGAGCGGCUUUGUGCAGUGGGCCUCGACGCAGAUUGAGGCGUACGGCGAAAUGUUCCGACGACAGGUCUACGGCGUCGACCAGGACGCCCAGGUCAUCCGCGACUGCCUCGACGUGAGCCGGAGCAGCGCGGCGCAGCUCAAGGAGGUCGGCCUCGACUUUUCCUACCUCAUCGAGGAGUUGUUGAGACCCGAAGGUCUCACCAAACCGGUGCCAUCGCUGACAUUGACGACGGCCGAAGAGCCGAACUCGGCGUCGCCCAUCCGCGCCUCGGCGCAGGAGAUACGCAGACAGAGCAUGAUGCAGCUCGCUUGA